AUGCAACACCUUCGACUCUGGCUCUCUUCCGCGCUCGCUCUCGCGGCGAGUGCGAGAGGUCAGGAUGUCACUGAAAAAAUCGAAGCAGCACUUUCUGCACUGACUGUCACCAACAUUGACAACGUCCGUGGUAACUUGCAUUUGCCAACGACCUUGGAUGACCUGCCCGUCACUUGGACAAGCAACGCGUCCUCUAUUAUCUCGGAUGAUGGCGUCGUAAAGAGACAAUCCGAGGAUACGCCGGUCUCUCUUACGGCGACGAUCAACUACGACGGCGUCUCUCAACAGCGAGAGUUUGUAGCUUCGGUUCGAAAGGCUGUAGCACUCGACGCUUUCGAAGGCUACGCCUUCUCAUACUUCACCGGCAGCUCCAUAGCCGGGGAAAACAUCUUCUUCGCGGCUAGCCAGGGAAACAACGCCCUGCAAUGGACUGAGCUGAACGGCGGCCAGCCUUCCCUGACGUCUUCUUACGGCACCAAGGGUCUCCGAGACCCCUUCCUCAUCAGAUCACCGGAGGGCGAUACCUUUUAUCUCAUCGCCACUGAUCUUUCUAUCGGAUCCGGCACAUCCUGGAGUGACGCCGUGCGUAUUGGAAGCCGGUAUCUCGAAGUGUGGGAAUCCAACGAUCUCAAGACAUGGUCUGCGCAGCGACACAUCCUCGUCUCCCCGCCCGAGGCUGGAAACACCUGGGCCCCCGAGGCAUACUAUGACGACGAUCUCGGCGCAUACUUGGUGUUCUGGGCAUCUUCUCUUUACGACGCAGCCGACGUCAACCGAACUGGGAGCACCUAUCACCGCAUGUUGUACGCAACGACCCGUGACUUCGUCACAUUCAGCGAGACGCAGAUUUGGCAAGACGCUGGCAUGUCCCGUAUCGACUCGACUGUGAUCAAGUCGGAGGACACCUACUACCGCUUCACCAAGGACGAAGGCGCAAGCGGUACUGGAUGUAGUGAUAUAAUUCAGGAGAGCUCGGCCUCUCUUCGCGCGACCUUGGACUCUUGGACUAUCAUCGACUCUUGCAUCGGCAAGAAGGCCGGAACCAGCGCGGUCGAGGGCCCGACCUCUUUCAAGUCAAACCCUGGCGACGUACACGGCGAGAAGUUCUAUCUCUUCGUCGACGAAUACGGUGGCCGCGGCUACAUCCCUCUGGAGACUGCCGACAUUGGCGAGCCCAACUGGACUGUGUCGAGUUCCUACAACCUACCCUCCAGCCCGCGUCACGGUACUGUUAUCCCUGUCACGGCAGCGGAACUCGCGGCUCUGACGGCGUCGACCACGACCCGCAGAGACGUCAGUGCGGAUGGUGAGAUUCUUCGAUACGACUUCUCUUCGGUCGAGGGAACCGAGGUUCAAGAUGUCUCUGGUAAUGGAAACAAUGCUGUCAUCAACGGUGGAGCGACUGUCUCAGAUGGGGCCCUUGCUUUCGACGGCGUAGAUGACUUUGUGAAGCUUCCUGACAACAUCAUUUCUGGAGUCGAAAACAUCGCUGUCGAAGUCAAGGUUCUUCUUGACCCAUCUCAAGAAACUCCGUACUUCAUUUACGCCUUGGGCAAUACUGUUUCUGGCUCUGGAAGCGGUUACAUCUUUUCUACCGGCAGUCCCUACAGAGCUUCUAUUACGACCGGCAACUGGACUACUGAAAAGACCGCGUCUUCUGGGUCUCAGUUACCGCAAGGUACCUGGCUUCAUCUCGUCUUCACUCAGGAAGGACGCACCACCGCUAUCUACCUCAACGGCUAUGAGGUUGCCAGGAACGAGGACGUCAACAUCAAGCCGAGCAGCAUUGGUAGCGGCGUCACGGCCGCGAACUACAUCGGUCGCUCAGUUUAUGACAGCGACAAGCUUUUCAAGGGCCAGAUUCGGGAAUUCGCCAUCUUCAACAGAUCGCUGAGUGCGGCCGAAGUACUUUCUCGCUCUGGAAAUGUCGGUGCUAUCACAGAGGUUUCCCUCUCCGACUCAUCCGCCCAGAAGGUCCCGCCCAUCAUCAACACGACGGCCAACCAUGUUCUGUUUCCUGUGAAGCCAGGAACCGAUCUCACCACCCUGGCGCCUGUGUUCACCACAACUGAAUGUGUAACUUCAUCGCCAUCAUCUGGUACUGUCGUUGACCUAACCUCCGACGUCACCUACGUCCUUACAAAGGGCAAUGAAGUUAUCGCGGAGUGGAAGAUCAAGGCUGUUGAGAUGGGAAGCCCUGUUCUUCCUGGUCUCUAUGCUGACCCUAACAUUGCUGUCUUCAACGGUGUGUACUACCUGUACGUCACCACUGAUGGAGUUCCAGGAUGGGGUGGCAACAAGUUUUACGUGUGGAAGUCUACCGACCUCGUGGACUGGACUCGCGGAGAAGAGCCUUUCCUGGUUCUCGAUGGCGCCAGCGGCAAUGUCCCAUGGGCAACCGGCAACGCUUGGGCUCCGACGAUUGCGGAACGGGAUGGCAAAUACUACUUCUACUUCAGUGGACACAACGCAGCUCUCAACACCAAGACCAUCGGUGUCGCCGUUGCCGAUGCACCGGAAGGGCCUUUCACUGCUGAGCCGGAGGCUAUGAUUCUCAACAACGAGGCCAUCACAGCGUCUCAAGCCAUAGAUCCAGCGGCUUUCCAUGAUCCCGUUUCUGGCAAGUACUAUCUGUACUGGGGCAACGGUCGCCCUCUGGUCGCUGAGCUGAACGACGACAUGGUUUCCGUCAAAUGGGACACGCUGCAGGCCAUGACCGGUCUUGUUAACUUCAGAGAGGGCUUGUUCGUCGUGUACCGCGAGGGUCUCUACCAUCUCACGUACUCAAUCGACGACACUGGAUCUGAGAAUUAUCGCGUCGGCUACGCUACCUCCGAAAGCUUUGCUGGACCUUGGGUCUACCACGGUGAUAUCUUGCAGAAGGAUCCUUCGCAGGGCAUUCUUGGUACUGGUCACAACUCCAUGUUUGUGGUUCCCGGAACCGAUGAUUGGUAUAUCGUCUACCACCGAUUCGCUAUCCCUGGUGGAGGUGGUUACAGGCGCGAAACGACGAUUGAUCAUGUCUACUUCGACUCUGAAACGGGUCUGAUCAAGCCUGUGGUGCCAACUCUCACAAGCGUUGGGCCGCAGACGGUCCCGAGUAAGAUUCGGAGGAGAUCGCGGGUCAUGCGCUUUUAG